AUGCUUGCUUUUCUAUUUGUAUACAUACCAUCAUUUGGGCAGAGGAAACCAGAUAUUGAUGAUAAAGAUACUACCAUUAAUGUUACAGCUAUUGCAGAAAGAAUCGAAAUAAAUAAAACGAGUUGUUAUUCACAAAUAAAAGAACAAUUGUUUGAGAUGUGCCCUUCUUUAAACGAACGAAACAGAUUAAAAUUAUCCGCACAAAUUAUGAUUUGCGAAAGAAUAAAUGAUAACAGAUUUGACCUUCUUCACGAUGCAACAGAUGAAAUUGAGUUCAUACAGAAGCUAUCUAACGAGGAUUUACAGCUACUUUCUCAUUAUGUAGUUCAUUUGGACUACAUUUGUUACUCUAUUGCCAAUCAAGUUCAGGCAGAAUUCAGUAAUAAGAAAUCUAACGAUUUAUUUUCUGCAAUGACACUGAUAUCUACAUAUGUUUCUGAUUUAUCUGAAAGGCAUAAACAAGAAAACAUCAAAAUGAAAGAAAAAUUAGAAAAAUUAUCAAAAGAAAUUAGUGAAAAUACAGAUUCGAUGAACAAAGCAAUGGAUUUGAUUAUCAACUUAUAUCAGAGCAUUGAUAGAAUCACAACAACUAUUACUUCAGUUAGAGAUUAUUUCAAAACGCAUAUCAGAUACUUUUAUUUCUUAGUCUAUGCAUUCUUACUAUCAUUCAUUGUUCCAAACAUAUUCCCACUCAUAUUUUCAGUCACUUUAUUGAAAAUAAUUUUGGAUACAUAUAUCAGCGUGACAUCAGUAGUUUUGAACAAAAUAACAAUGUCAAUAUAUUACGCAUCAUGCACAAUGAUUUUGAUUAUUUGCUUUUAUCUUAGAGUGCAAGAAAUAAAGAAUCGCAUCUUUGGACCACCAAAACAUCAUAUAUAA